UACCCCUAGGGAAAGUGUGCUGAAGUUGCGUUCAUACUAAGCGGGCGCCGGUUGACAAAUCAACCGUGUUGUUUCAUUAUUUAUUAUUCAUAAACACAGUUGGCAUUGUUUUAAAAUGAACAAGGAUAUUAUCGUCCUACUAUGCAUUUGUGCAGUAGCGUUAGCAAGACCACAAGAUAAGAAAAAGACUCGAGUUUUCGACGGGAAAGUUUCGGAAGAGGAGCAUUUCCGUGGCACUGAACAAGAACACAACACAGAAUAUGAUCAUGAGGCAUUUCUUGGGGACGAGAAGAAAACAUUCGAUCAGCUAUCCCCAGAGGAGUCAAAGGAGAGAUUAGGUAAACUAGUGGAUAAAAUUGAUGUUGACCAUGAUGGUAAAGUCACAGAAGAAGAACUAAAACAAUGGAUAAAGAAAUCUGCCAAAAGAUAUGUCUAUGAGGAUGUUGAUCGCCAGUGGGACCAUCUAAAAAAGAUAGAGCAUGCGAAGAUAAAGAUGGAUGACUUAGUAGAUGGCAAGAGAGUUGACAUGGCCGCACCUAUUGGAUGGGAAGAGUACAAGAAUAAUACUUAUGGAUUUAUCAAAGAGGAUGACAAAUCAGAAUAUAAUUAUGAUAACAUGAUCAAGCGAGAUAGACGUCGAUGGGAGAAAGCAGAUAUCAACAGGGACGACAAGCUUUCUAAAGAAGAAUACACAGCCUUUCUGCAUCCUGAGGAAUAUGAGUACAUGAAAGAUGUGGUUGUUGAGGAGACAUUGGAUGAUAUUGAUAAGAAUAAAGAUGGAUAUGUCUCUCUUGAGGAGUACCUAGGUGAUCUUUACCCGGAAAGUGAAAAGGAAGAUGAAGAGCCAGAUUGGGUGAAGACAGAGAGGGAGCAGUUCCUUACAGUCAGAGACAAGAACAGGGACGGCAAGAUGGACAAGGAUGAAGUGAGGGAUUGGAUAGUUCCAGCUGAUUUUGAUCAUGUUGGUGCCGAGGUCACCCAUCUUAUCAAUGAGGCUGAUGUUAACAAGGAUGGAUACCUAACUAAAAGUGAAAUAAUUGAUAAGCAUGAAGUGUUUGCUGGAAGCCAAGCCACAGACUUUGGUGAUGCCCUGACUCGGCAUGAUGAAUUCUAGAGACAAAUUCUAAGAUGACAUAUAUUCUAUAUAAUGAGGCUAACUCUCAUUUACCCCCCCCCCCCCCCCAAUCCUUUGAACUGUCCUCUUUCUAUCUUGUUAUGCGCUCUACUCUUAUAUUAUAUUUUGCUAUAAUUUAUAAAAGAAGAGUUGUUUUGCCUUAUCUGCACUGUUGUAUGUAUGUAAGUUAGUAAUCAACAGUUUCUCAAAAAGAAUUUUUGAUAGACGAUAGAACAGUGCAGACUGUGGCAGCACAGUCUCGAAAGACAAACAAACAGAAGUUGAAAAACAUUGUUUGGCAGACUAGAAUUAUAUGGCUUUCAAAAUAUUUUUUUGGAAUUGGUGCAUUUCCCUAAGACCAUACCCCAUGUUAGGCUUUUUUUGUAAGACCUUUUUAUAGCUAUUUUAUAGCUCAUGGAAAUUUAGCUAUUUACAACCUGAUGAUAUAGAGAAUAGAGUUUAUAAGAAAAUUAAAAAUAAAAGCAUUUUAUGACA